AUGUCAAAUGGAACAGCGAAAAAAGUAAGAAUUUCUGAAGAAAAGAUUGGAGGUCCAGUCACUGUCUCUGAAAUAUUUAGUGGACCAGAUGAUGGUAUCAAGUUACAAACUUUUCUCGCAAAUAUUGCGUUACAGAUCAUUAUAAGGCAACUUCAAAGCGAUGAUGAGAAAAUAGCACUCAUGUGUGAUGGAUUAUAUGGAAAUGCUGCAGUAUGGGCAUUAGAAUGGUAUCACAGUACAAACGAUCAUAAAUUUGAAUUAUUUAAGAAGCAAUUCAUUGAGCAUUUUGCAGUUAAAGUUGAUUAUAAUAAGAUUAUUAAUCAAUUGCUGGAAAUGAAACAAUCUACAUUGGGAUUGGAACAAUAUAAUCUUAAAUUUAAUGAAUAUGUAAGGUUUUUUCCACCUGAAAUAACAGUUCAGGAUUUUUUGCUUUGUUUUUAUCUCAGGGGUUUAGAAAAUAGAACUGCUCAGUUAGUGUUAUAUGGUCAACCAAAAACACUCCUUGCAGCAUGCAAAAGCGCAGAACAGAUUAGAUCAUUUGACGAACUUCGGGGUAUCGAUAUUAAUAAAACUCAUAAGAAAACUUUUUAUGGAACUAAUUCCGCUAAUGGAAUGAUUGACCAUAAUCAAAAAUCAUUGAACAUCUCUGCUGCUCCUGUUCUUUAUAACUCACAGAGAUUUAAUAAUCAUAGUAGAUCCAAGCAGAAUAUGAAAUAUGGAAAACAAAAAAAAUAUAAUAACCGCCAUAAUGCACCAAAAUGUUAUGGAUGUGGGAAAAUGGGUCAUUUGGUGAGAUAUUGUCCUGAAAAACCAACUAAGGAGGAUUCUCCCUAA